AGUCCAUCUCCAACUUGGCAUGGAUGAUCUACUAGCUGGCUGAGGCUGAAGCAUUGAACAGGCGGGUAAGCUCGGAUCUUGAAUUCACGAUGCGUACGUGCUAUAUAUGUCGUCGCGUACAGCCUGUCCUUUUAACCAGCAGCUUUUACCUUUCAGCCGGUUGUCCAAUUGUCCUUUCAAAUACCUAGUCGCUGGUUCUUGUCUACUGUCCUUUUUCACAAUGGCUGCACCCGCGUUUGGAGACAUCGUCACGGCCUUGCAAAUUGCCUAUAAGAUCAUCAAUGGCUGCGCGCAUGCCGGCUCGGAUUUCGAGCAAGCAGGAAUAGAAACCGAGUCCGUGACGAUCAACCUCGAAGAAGUCAAGCGGUUGUACAAAGAUAAGAAAUCGUUCUUAAACCACCCCAACAAUCAGAGGCCGAGAAAAAAGCUCGAGUUUUACAUUACAAAAUGUCGAAGAGCCCUGGAACUGGUGAAGGCAGAACUGGAUAAAUACCAGAAUAUGCAUGUGGUGAAAAUAGUGAUGUUUGCCAUGAAAGGGAAAGGCGAUGUAUCCGAUUGCCUGUCCCACCUUCAGUUCAUCUCGACGCAGAUGUCGAAUUAUAUUAGCUACUUCGACAAGACAGCGGUCACUUCAGAUCGUCUGGAGCGGAACUUCGAUCGUACGAAAAAUGCUAAAAAGGCCGUCGAAAAAACUUGCAAAUCCAGCACUGUCUCUCCGGAAGCCAGGUCUUCGAUGGAACGAUAUGCCACACACCUUGCUGUACGAGACACGAAGCGGAUUUCGCAAAAGAAGAGACCCACGACACUUCCUGGGACUUACUUGGAAUGUUGGGUUGUGAAAAGCGCUACGGUUCUGGGACUGGACAAGGCGGCGAAGCAGCCGCUGCCCCAGAAACGUGGGCAGACACAACUAUGGGAGAUGGCGAAGCAGUUUCGUAUGCACCCAGGAAUCAAGACAAUAGGAACCGAAGCGGAUGAUUCACGGGUCAGGUGGAUACUCGGCGAGAAACGAGCUGGCGAGAAAAGCAAGCGACACUUUUGGAAGUUCGUAGCCGCUCGGAUCGAAGGCCAAUCCGAAGGCAUGAAAGGACUGGUAAUGGAGGAGAGGCUCAUGGUGAUCGUCAAGAGGGCCAUGACCCAGUUAGCGAAAGAUGCACAUCUCAAGAAACUCCAAGUGCAGAAGGCGAAGGAGCAAGAAAAAGCUACCAAAAAGCAAGGACAAUCCGGCGAUAAGGCGAAGCAACGAGAGAAACCUGCCAAGAAGCAAGGGGAAUCCGGUGAUAAGACGAAGCAACAAGAGAAAACUGCCAAGAAGCAAGGACAAUCUGGUGAUAAGGCGAAACGUCCAGAGCAAACUGCCAAAAAUCAAGGACAGUCCGGUGGUAAGGCGAAGCAUCCAGAGCAAACUGCCAAAAAUCAAGGACAGUCCGGUGGUAAGGCGAAGCAUCCAGAGCAAACUGCCAAAAACAAGGACAAUCCGGUGAUAAGGCGCAGCACGAAAAGCAGAAGCAUCAUGGACAGCAGGGGCAGAAUGCGCAACCUGGACAACCUGGGCACCAUGGGGAUCAAGGGAAUCACGGACAACGUGGGAAUCACGGACAACGUGGGCAUCGUGGGGAUCAUGGACGUGGAACGUAAAGACUCCGAACCCGCCGAAGAAAGAAGAUGCACUACCACGCUGGUCACGGCAAUAUGAAUAAGGGGAAAGAUUCCAAAUCCGCAGACUGGAGACGAGGACGAUUUAACACCUCCACACGGGCAACAUCACCAAGGCAAGACUCGAGGCCAUUCUCUAGGUUCUCGUAGAGGGCGUAGAUUGUCUCACCAUUAUCACUGUCACUCCAGGCUUUUUUGUGUACGAAUACCUGUAUUGCGUUGCAACUGUAUUAUCGAGCCAGUAUGAAAGAAACCGGGAAUAAAUGCUGCAACUGAAGCACGUGUACAGAAGCAUGUGUAUAGAAGACAUUAGCACCUGUCAUUGAAGAUGUUUCCAUUCUAAAUGCGGUUAGCGUGCCAAAUCAGGUUUAGGGGCGUGUCCCAAAACGGCAAUCACAAAGUGAAAGGACAACCGCACCUCACUCACCGCACCAAUUUCGCUGCAGACAAAAGUGUAAACUAUUCCUCCGUCACAAGGGCGAAGAGUGCCUUU